AUGGAUGCAAAUGAAAGCUAUAUUGACAUGGAAGCUGGUUCGUUAGCCACCAUUUUUUCACCUUCACACCAUAGAGAAUUUGAGUUCCAAAGUUUUUCGUGCUCCUCUGGCCGAGACACCACCACUUCUCCGGCGGACGAGCUCUUUUAUAAAGGAAAGCUCCUCCCCCUCCACCUCCCGCCCCGCCUCCAAAUGGUGGAGAAAAUCCUAGAGAAUAGUUAUUCCUCCACCACUUUUGAUCCAUUACAAGAAUCAUUAUUCAGCACUCCAUUAUUCACUCCUGCAUCCAAUACUCCGUUUGCAUCGUGCAAUAUUUCUCCCACUGAUUCUUGCCAAGUUAGCCGAGAACUGAACCCAGACGAGUAUAUUCUUGAGUACUCGACUGAUCAAUCGAGCAUUUAUGUUUUCGAGGAAGAACCGGCCAGUUCAAACACGAACAAAACUUGGACAAAACCUCUAAAACUUUUAAAGCAAUCCACACUUGGAUCCAAACUCAAAGCUUCCCGGGCUUACCUCAAAUCUUUGUUCACUAAAUCUAGUUGCUCGGUUGAGUCUUCAAGAAAUAUUGUUUAUGAAGGAUCAAUUUCAAAGGCCAAAGAAUGUGCAUUUCAACAUUCCAGGACCUCUAAAAAUGUCCCAUUCGGGCAAAUUCAAACAAAAUGUCACAGAAGAUCAUUUUCAGGAGCCAUAAAGAGAAUAUCGAAGGCUAAAUCUUCAUCAUCUAAUUCCUUGAAUUCGGGUUCGAAUUCAACAGAUUUGAAUGGAUUUCAGGAGAUGAAGUUUUUGAAGAGAAGUAUAAGUGGAAAAUCAGAACUGGAGAAUUCAAUUCAGGCAGCCAUUGCACAUUGUAAAAGGUCUCAUCAGCAAGAAUUUUGUUCAAGAAAGACUGUUAGUGAUCUUGGGUUUUGUUCAAUGUCUGCUUCAAGAGUGAUUCAUGAUGAUCAAGAAAGACCAGAGCUUUGCAGGGGUUGA